CUCUAACAGAUUUGGGAAAUUAGCAAAAACCAAAAUCCCAUGUAAAGUGGCUGCCUUUAUUGUUCUGGGAUUGUUAGGGUUUUGAUGAGCGAUUCGAUUUCAGGUCUUUACUUCUUCUGGCCAUGGAAUUGAAGAAGGAGAGGCUUGUCAGGUUUUAUUCUGAUAAAAAACACCAUAGAGAUUCUAUAUGGGACAGAACUGAACCGUAUCGACUUGAAAAGUCAGCCUCUCAAUAUAAGGUUGCAUCAUCUUCAUUGCUCAAAUCUGAUAAUGGACUAGUGGGGGGCAGAAGCAGAUUUGCUGAAACUUUCAGAAUCGGGCAUUCAAAGGUGUUUCCAGAGGACCAUGAGCCAUGGCGCAAGAGAAUACUUGACCCAGGUAGUGAGAUAGUGCUGCAAUGGAAUCGAGUUUUCAUUGUCUCAUGUUUGGUUGCACUUUUUGUGGACCCAUUGUACUUUUACUUGCCCAUGGCUGGAGGGAGUGGAAACAGUUUUUGCAUGAAGACAGACUUGAAUCUGCGGAUUGUUGUGACUUUUUUCCGGACUAUCGCGGAUUUCUUCUAUUUGUUGCACAUGAUUAUAAAGUUUAGGACAGCUUAUGUUGCACCAAGCUCUCGCGUUUUCGGGAGGGGUGAACUUGUCAUGGACCCAAAGAAGAUUGCACAGAAGUACGUUACAUCAGACUUCUCCAUUGAUCUCAUAGCCACAUUGCCGCUUCCUCAGAUAGUCAUAUGGUUUGUCAUACCUCCCCAAAAUGCUCAAACGGAUGACACCAACAAUGCACUUGCGCUAAUUGUUCUCCUCCAGUACAUUCCCAGAUUAUAUCUGAUUUUCCCUUUAAGUUUGCAAUUAAUCAAAGCAACUGGGGUGGUGACAAAAACUGCUUGGGCAGGGGCUGCAUAUAAUCUGCUAUUAUACAUGCUGGCCAGCCAUGUUUUAGGGGCAGCAUGGUAUUUGCUAUCUAUUGACCGGUAUGCAUCAUGCUGGAAGAAAUUUUGUAGAAAGGACCUCAGCCCCAUAAAAUGCUUGCCUAAAUAUUUAGAUUGUAAUACUGUUAACCAAUUUGAUCGUGAGACAUGGGCAAAUCGUACAAAUGUUUUUGAUAGCUGCAAUCCUGAAAGCAACAUAUUCAAAUAUGGAAUAUUUGAGAGUGCGCUGACUAAAAAUGCUGUUUCCUCCAACUUCAUCACAAAGUACUUCUAUUGCUUAUGGUGGGGUUUACAGCAACUAAGUUCAUAUGGGCAAAAUUUGACAACGAGCACUUUUAUUGGAGAGACAUCAUUCGCCAUUCUCAUUGCCAUCGUAGGUCUUGUAUUAUUUGCCCACUUAAUUGGGAAUAUGCAGACCUAUCUCCAAUCAAUCACCGUGAGGCUUGAGGAGUGGAGGCUUAAGAGAAGAGACACUGAGGAAUGGAUGGGACAUCGUCAACUCCCUGAAGUUUUGAGACAACGUGUACGGAGGUUUGUCCAAUACAAGUGGCUGGCGACUCGAGGAGUUGAUGAAGAAGCCAUCCUUCAUGGCUUACCUGCUGAUCUUCGCCGUGAUAUUCAACGCCACCUAUGCUUAGAUCUUGUUCGACGAGUACCUUUCUUCUCACAGAUGGAUGAUCAGCUUCUUGAUGCAAUAUGUGAGCGUCUUGUAUCCUCCCUAAGCACAGCAGGCACUUACAUUGUCAGAGAGGGUGACCCAGUCACAGAAAUGCUUUUCAUUAUUAGAGGUACUCUCGAUAGUUCUACUACCAAUGGAGGCCGGACAGGUUUCUUCAAUUCAAUAACAUUAAGACCUGGGGACUUCUGCGGUGAGGAGCUACUUGCAUGGGCACUGCUCCCAAAAUCCACAGUCAACAUGCCGUCUUCUACAAGAACAGUAAUAGCACUUUCUGAAGUUGAAGCUUUUGCAUUGCGAGCUGAAGAUCUGAAAUUUGUGGCCAACCAAUUUAGACGCCUGCACAGCAAGAAGCUGCAGCACACAUUUCGGUUUUACUCCCACCAUUGGAGAACAUGGGCAGCCUGCUUCAUACAGGCUGCUUGGCGUAGCCACAAGAGAAGGAUGAUGGCAAAAGAUCUCAGCUUGAGGGAAUCCUUUGCUUUGGAUGAGAAAGCAGCCUAUGAGACUGCACAAGAGGAAGAAGAAGAAUUUGAACCGACAAGUUCCAAUUCUUCACAAGUAAAAAUGAAUCUUGGGGUUACACUACUGGCCUCAAGAUUUGCUGCAAACACAAAGAGGGGUGCUCAGAAGAUCAAAGACGAGAUGCCGAGGUUACCAAAACCUGCAGAACCCGACUUCUUCACUGAGCCUGAAUAUUAGUUGCUUGAAUUAGAUUAUCCGUUGAAUGCAUCUGUCUAUUUUGUGAUAGAUCUGGGUGAAAUUCAAGAUUUCUGAACAUCAGAAUCCUUUCAGUUAGGACCUGGUAUUGUAAGGUUUCACACUAUUCCCUGCUGCUGAUUGCCAUGCCCACUAUCCUUUAAUCAGAUUUCUGGAGAUUGCCUUGAGAGCUUGGAAUGUUAUAGAAGCUGGACUUGACUGUUUUAUGGUACAAGAUUGUAUAUCAAGUUAUUAACUAAGCUGAUGCCACUUCAAAAGGUCAGAGCAAUAGUUGUUAGUUUGUUGCCAUAAACUGAAUGGCAAAUUAUGUAUCACCUAAAUAUGUAUGAAAGAUCUUCUGGUCUUUUGGCUGGGAUUGAUGUCUAAAUCUUGACCAGGUACUUUAUAGUUUACAACUACCUACUAAUCCAAUUAGUCUUCUAUGGACCUAUUGGUUGGAAGUUGGAACUCUAUGAGUAAAUUAUAGGUGUUGC